AUGUUUCGAUCAUUGGUGCUUGGGUUUAAACCUGCCAUAGUUGGUGCUUCUUCAUUUCAGCUGCGAACGAUAUUAAUUUCAAAAGGACGUUUUCUACCUGUUGUUCAAUUUAAUCUGUCGGAUAUCGGUGAAGGUAUUGCAGAAGUUCAAGUGAAAGAAUGGCAUGUAAAAGUUGGUGAUCGAGUGUCUCAAUUCGAUAACUUAUGCGAAGUACAAAGUGAUAAAGCUUCUGUCACUAUCACAUCGCGCUAUGAUGGGGUAAUCAAGAAAUUGCAUUAUGCCGUUGAUGACGUGGCCAGAGUUGGAAAACCGUUGAUGGAUAUAGAAAUUGAAGGCUCUACAGAGGCUGAAAAAAGCGAAGAACCCCAGACAGCAUCUACUACUGAAGCGGUAGCAAGCCCUGAACAAAAAGCUCCUGCAGAAACGCACAAUCUCAAUGGAAAAGUUCUGGCAACACCAGCUGUUCGUCGAUUGGCAAUUGAAAACAAAAUUGAUCUAAGCAAAGUCGGUGGAUCGGGCAAAGAUGGUCGCGUUUUGAAAGAAGAUGUGCUUGAGUUUUUGGGACAUAUCAAACGAGAUUCUUUUACUGCUUCAAUCGAAAACAAGCGGUCCUCACCAUCCCUUUCGGCCGCAGUGCCACCUAAAGCCAGCUAUAGACAGUUGACGGAAGACAAAGUGGUGCCAAUUCGCGGCUAUACACGUGCUAUGGUAAAAACUAUGACUGAGGCGCUCAAAAUUCCUCAUUUUGGAUACAACGACGAGUUCACGGUUGAUAACCUUAUUCAUUUGAGACACGAUCUUAAGGAAUUUGCCAAAGAACGUGAUGUGAAGCUUUCGUACAUGCCUUUCUUCAUCAAGGCUUGCUCUUUGGCUCUAACGGAAUUUCCGCAACUGAAUGCUGUUACCGAUGGAAAUCUUGAAAAUGUUACUUGGAAGUCCUCACAUAACAUUUGUUUGGCAAUGGAUACGCCUGGCGGGCUAGUUGUGCCGAACAUCAAAAAUUGUGAGCAAAAGAACAUCGUCGAGAUUGCACAGGAUCUUAAUCGGCUUCAUGAGAACAGCAAAAGGCAACAAAUAGCUCGAGAAGACCUCACGGAUGGAACAUUCUCACUUAGCAACAUUGGAGCGAUUGGUGGCACUUAUGCUUCGCCAGUGAUCUUCCCUCCGCAAGUAGCAAUCGGUGCUAUUGGAAAAAUUGAAAAGCUCCCACGAUUCGACAGAAAUGGAAACGUUUAUCCUGCACAUCUCGUCAAAUUCUCAUGGGCCGCUGAUCAUAGAGUUGUAGAUGGGGCAACGAUGGCCAGAUUCAGUAAUCGAGUGAAAUAUUACAUUGAACGACCAGCUACGAUGCUUGCUCAACUUCGA